CUUGCAAAUGCAACAGAGUACUUCGUGUACUCUUAUCGUUUGUUUACAGACCACGUCUCGUUACCAGACACGGCUGGCGCGCCAAGCGGCACGACAUGUGUGCAUUUUUUGCCCGCCCAAGGAGGCCGCGGGCGCGAGGUUAUACACCCAUUAUUACGUCCUUCCUACUUUCAAUUAUUAUUAUCGGGCGGCGGCGCCGCACCCGCGACGGGGAGGAGGAGAGAGGCGCAGCUGCUGCCUACCAAUAAUCGAGACCUGUCCUCGAUGGAAAGGGACGGAGAUAACGACCGACAAGCACAAAAUAAUAAUUAUACUUGAUUUUAAUGUCCAGAGGAACUUUUCAGGUAUAAAAUUGUAAGUAAAUAUAAUUAUUGGUGAGUUUCGGCAACUUUCAUACGAUCCAGAAGUAACGUGAUCUCUGAAAAACAUUUAAAACUGAAAUAAAUCCGACCGCGAUAGGAGGCGGAUCUCCGAAGUUUGCCGAGCGGUUUCGCCUAUGCUCGUCAGUACGCUCGCCGCAGUUUGGCGGCCGGUCGUGAGGAUGGUGCGUUCCGUUCGCAAACAAAGAAAAAUACUAUUUUGCAAGUGUCAAGUGGAUAAUGUCGUCUGAGCCUACUAAAGUGCAGGUGGAAUACAUAAACGAGGAUAAAACAGUCAAGGAAGAAAGCGGCCCACAGUCGCCCCUAGCGCUGCUGGCAGCUACGUGCAGCCGUCUCGGCGCCAACAUGGGGCCCGAACAGGAGAAAGAGCAACAACAUUUCAGUCCACAACAACAAACGCAACAGCAACAAGCGCAACAGCAGGCGCAGCAACAGGCCCAAGCCCAACAGCAGGCUCAACAGGCGCAACAGCAAGCUCAGCAGCAAGCGCAGCAGGCCCAACAGCAAGCGCAGCAACAAGCGCAGCAGCAACAGCAACAAUUGAUUCAACAACAGGUGCAAAGCGAAGCGGCCACUCUCGCAGCAAUCCAGCAGCAAUACCUGCAGCAGCAGCCGCAGCUGCGAGUCAUCAGCUCCGCCGUCGUGCAGCAGCUCCGUGCUCAAGGGCUCUCUGGAAAUGAACUGUCGGCGGCCAUCGCGAACGCGGCGAAUGCCGUACCCAACGGCAUUCAAGUUCAACAGCCUCAGGUUAUAUCAAUGCAGCAGCUACAGUCGCUAUUGGGAGGCGGAGUGGUUUCGAACGCCGAGGGCGCCACCUACCAAAACACUCCGCAACAGUUGUUACAAAUACAUCCUCAGCUACUACAGCAAGGCGGCGGCAUGUACGGCGGCUGCCUGGUGGGCGGCGGCGUGCAGCCCAUGCAGGCCGUCACCGUCGACGGGCAGGACGCACUCUUCAUACCCGCGCAGCACUCGCAGAACUUCUCGGGCAUGGGCCAGGUGAGCCUCGUGAACGGGCAGCUCGUGCGCACGCCGGUGCUGCCCGCCGGCUUCCUGCAGAACGUCAUGCAUCUGCCCACUGAGCAACAGGCCACCGUGACGAUACCGGGCACUAACAUAUCGAUACCGUUAUCCGCGCUCGGCAACCAAAUGAUAUCGAUACCUGGCUCCAACCUAGUGCAGGGCUUAUCGAUACCGACUAGUCAGGUGCCGACCAGCCAGACGAUAUCGAUACCGUGUAGCGCGCCCGACAAGAAGGAGAAGGAUGCCAGUCCGCAGCACCAAGGCGGCGGCGUGGCGGUGCGCGGCGGCGUGGGCGGCGUGGGCGGCGUGGGCGUGGGCAUGGGCAUGGUGCCCGUGCAGGUGCCCGUGAGCGUGGCCAACGGGCACACCGUGUACCAGACCGUGCACCUGCCCGUGCACGCGCCGCAGCAUCUGCAGAUCAUCCCGCAGCUGCAACAAAUGCAAACACAACCACAAGUAGCGAACGUGCUCACGCCAUCGGGACAGAUUCAGCAGAUUCAAAUCGCGUCGCUGGCCAAUGUUCAGCAGCAAAAUGGAGCAACACAAGCCAACGCCAGCGCCGGGCAAACUCCAGGAACCAUAACGCUACAGAUGCCAACGUUGGGCGGCAUCGGCGGAACUGUGCAGCUGGUCCCAGCGCUGGGCUUGCCCGGCGUGCAAAUCGCACAGCUACCCCAGCAGGCUCAACCUCAACCGCAGCCUAUCAUUGGCCAGCAAAUCCAACAAGAUCCCAAUGAGCCAGGCAAGUGGCAGAUAGUCACUGUUGGCAACAAUAGCAAUAACAGCAACAGCGGCAACACUUCCGGCACAGAGUGUGAGAACGGGAAGCAGAGAGCGGCCAGUCCCAGCGGCAAGAGGAUGAUGAAGAGAGUGGCUUGUACAUGUCCAAACUGUGAUCAGGGAGAGAACCGGCUAGUAGAUCGCAAGAAGCAGCAUGUGUGCCACAUUGCGGGCUGCAACAAGGUGUACGGCAAGACUUCACACUUGCGCGCUCACCUUCGUUGGCACACUGGCGAGCGUCCCUUCCUCUGCAAUUGGCUCUUCUGUGGAAAGAGGUUCACACGGUCAGACGAAUUACAACGGCAUAGACGAACGCACACCGGUGAAAAACGCUUCGAGUGCCCCGAGUGCAGCAAGCGGUUCAUGCGCUCAGAUCACCUCGCCAAGCAUGUCCGCAUACACACUAAGAAUCGCAUCACGGAGGUAGCCACCUCAACGCAAUCCAUGUACUCGGACUCCGGCGACGACAGUUGCGAUGAGAAAAUGAUGCUCACCAUAGAAACCAUCCAUCCCGAGGGUGAAGACGAUAAGCAGCUGCUCAUGAUCCGGCCCGCAGGCAAGAUAGAACCCGACCACGAUAGCUAGAACGAGGACAGCGACGGGUAGGCGUCGCUGUCGUGUGUGAAUAGGAAAGUUAGAUAGAUAGAAAUGGCCAGUUUUGGAGGGCGGUACCUUCAUGGAUAGGCAGUAGCUAAUGAUAUGGUGGUGGCUUCUAUAUCUGUAUCUUUAGGUAGUUAAAUAAAUGUAAACAAUGUGUUUUUACAUUUUCGGGUACUCUGGAUCUGUUCUUUCAUCGUUCUCGUUUUAACCUUUUUAAUUUAAUCGUACCCUCAAAUGGCUAAAUAUUCGAUCUCGUCUUAGGUUCUUUACUAGGGCGAAGUAAUAGCAAACUAAAUGACUAUUGAUUAAUCAAAUCAUCCCGAUAUAUUCCUAUUAACAAAAUAGCACGAUUAUAAUAGUUUGUUGUUACGUUGAGUAAGUAAUAUUGUAGUAAAACUUUUGUAAGUUUUGGCACAUCGAGUUAAUUAACACAUUAAUUGACUUGAAGAAUUUUCUUACCCAAUAAAAUACCUAAUUGUGAUUUGUUUACAUUCUUUUAAAUACCUAAAGAUUAUAGAACCGGGAUAGGGAGCGUAAGUGGGAUAGAAUAGAAAGUGCUGCUUAAAAGACAGAAAUAGGGAGCGUAAACUGUGCACAGUAUAGGAGCCCACUGUUUAGUGUUUAGUGGCGCAGUUACUAUGUCGAGUUCAUGUUUCCGAUAUAGGCCAUAAGGCCAUAACUCGCACGCGGUUUCUAUAGGGCGAACUAUGUUGUAGCUAAGUUCUAAGGAGAACAGAAAACUAUAUUGCUCUGAUUGUAAGAACAAGUGUGAAAAUAAUAUUGUAUCCAUCCUACCAGCAAGAUUAGUGAUUGCUAUUAUACAUAGAUGUCACAAGUCUUGUCAAAUUUUACUCCGUUUUAAGAUCUCUUUCUGUUUGUCUUUGUGUUGCUGGUGACCCAUGUGUUAAAAUAAGUAAUUUGGUCAGUAUCUAAAUAAAGUUUUAACAUAGUAUGUGAGACGAGGAGUGUUUUAUAAGCAAUAAUGAAAGUAUAAAAGCUUCUUUCAGAAAAAGGUGACGAAUAAACGUUGAUCGCAAUAAAGUUUGAUAUAAGAAAAGUGUUAACAACACCUUUAAACUGAUCAUCAGUGGAUUUUUUGCAAUAUCCUCGUAAGACCAGGAGGACUAACUAAUUUAAUGUAAUUUAAACCAUUUUCAAUUUAGUUUUGACAAACAAAACAAAAGAAAUUCAACCGUAUAACCUUCACAAUUGAUUUCAAAUUCAAAUGGCAUUUUUGUAUGGUGGGCCUUGGACGGAUAAGGUUUAUGAAUUAUCUGUUAACAGUGUUGAAAAUCAAUUUGUAUGUGUGUUGGUCUAAGUGCAAAUUGUCGUAUACUUGUUGCUAGUGUAAUAUUAGAAAAUGAGAAGGCAUUAUUAUUUAUUAUAGAUAUUUUAUUAAACGAAUCGCAUCACAAUUCGUAAUUAUGUGGAAUCGUCUUUUAUAUUUAUUUAUAUACAAAUCUGCAAUAAGGCCUAAGCGCUAUUAUAAAUUUGUGUCCGAUUUUUGUAGGACACAAAUGAACCAUCUUACACUAAAAGUAAUAAAUUUAAAUUGUAAUACUCUUAGGAUGAAAUGGUUCUUGAUCAGUUGUUGUUGAAAGCAUAAUCAAUUUCCUGAGUGAAUCAACAAAAUUGUUUGUCUUUUAUGUUUUUGCAAUAAUAUAGCGUAUAGUUUGUAAAUAUCUAGAAGUUAAAACAUUUUGUUAAACAUAUUUACAUGAUGAAAUUCGUUGAGAUUAAUUGAAAUCCAUGAAACAUUAAUGUAAAUAAUGAGAAUAUUCAAGGCUCAAUAACAGACUGGUUCCAACGAAUGAGCCUUGGAAUGUUAUUCUUAUAGUGAAUGUGUGUCGAAUAAAUUAAUAAAAGUUUUAUUUCUGUUACUCGUCGUUUGAGCCGCCUGUAUUGAUAAAAUGUCUACUAGGGUAAACAAACCAUUUAUUGGUACCGAAUGUUAGCACAUAGUUUUAUUAGAUUGGCGUACCGACGAUAGGUUUGUUUACCUUCAUGAUUAAAUUAAAAAAUGUUAAUGGCUGUGGGUGUUUCAAAAGUACAGACUUGUAAGUAUUAUGUCUAUAGUCCGUCUAAGGGUGGUAUUUCACCUGUGACAAUUUCUUUGUCAAAUGUGUAUUUGCGUCUCAUAUUUUGCUUAGUGAAAGAGUGGGAUGCAGUGCACAUUGGACCAAGAAAUUGCCAUACCACCCUAUGCUAACUUUGCACCGACUUGAAGAGGACAAAGUGAGGGAGUGUCAUUUUAAACGUCAUAUUAUCAUAAUUUUUUUACAUGAAUGAUGACAUUGCCACACUUUGUCAUUGCAACUGCCAUGCAGAGAUCGCUUGGACCAACUCUAGAAGAUUUUCAUUUUUAACACCAUAGUGUAAAAAGGAAGUAUUUCGGAAUUAUCAAAUUUACUAAUGCAAUGUAUACCUACUUUAUAAUUUAUCGAUCUUUCUAAUUCUUAUUAAAUUUUUUACCCUGCAAUUUUAUCUAACAAGCAUUUUAAAUUUGAACUGGUGUAAAUAGUGAUAAUUUUUGUAAAUAUUGUAAAUUUAAGUAUUGUAGUUGUUUGAACAUAAAUUAAUAGAGAUGCACCGGAUAUUCUCUUACUAUCCGGUAUCCGGCCAUUAUUUUAAUAUCCGGCCGGAUAUCGGAUAGUGAAGCACUAUUCGGCCGGAUUUCGGAUAGUUACUGCUUGAUUUUGGGGUAAACAAAUUGAAUCUACAAACAAUGGUCAUAAUCGAAGUGAAUUUUAAUUUAAAAAUUCACAUGUAACAUUUGUGUAACACGUCCAACGUAUUAUUUGUUUAUUGCGAAAUACGCAAGCGCACGUGUACUAUAAACGAAGUUACUCUGUAGUCUGUAAUAACAUAAUAAAACUUUUCGAACCUAAAAAUGGGUCCGCGCGAACGUUCACUACGAAAUAGGUCAAAAUCUGCUCGACGCGCACCUGCAAUACUCAAAAUGUUCCGCCGGCCGAAUAUUCGGCGGCCGGAUACCGAAUAUUCGGUGGCCGGAUAUCCGGUAUCCGGCCAAACAACUAUUCGUUGCAUCUCUUCUACCUACUUAGUAAGUCCCCGCGUACUAGUACAAGUACAAAUUGAAUUCUUGUGGAAACAAAAGAAAGUCCCAAAUUAACAAGCGCAACAAUUGAAUUGGGUCUUACAAGGUAGUACAUACAAGAAAACACAGUCAUUUGGCUAAAUUCAAAUAGCAGCCUAGAUGCAAACUAUUCAAAGCGCCGAAGGUUCAAAUUGAAAGACCUUUCAAGCAGUAUUGUAUAUCCACUUUGUGGUUAUUGAUUGUAUUGUUUUGUUAUUGCCCUAAUAAUUGAAUUUCGCGUGAGGGAUCACUGACCCUCCUUGAGCCCAUCUUGGUCUAUAAAAUUGUGUGCAAUUAUUUGAUUUCCAUAGACAUAACUUCUAUGAAACACGAUAACAAAGCGUUUGAAUCCGGGUUUCAAGUUAAAAGUGGCAGUGAUUCAUUCUAUGUUUAUCUCUUGCUGACUAUACGGCUGCCUUUCCAUUGAGGCGAACGAGCGAGCGACCAGGGGUAAGAGAAAGACAUAUUCAUGUAUUGACAGGUUAAUGUAUGGCAGCAUAAUCCUUUUUCUCUUUCACUUAUAAAUUUCGGUAUUUCGCCAUCGCCUCCUACCUAUGCUGCCAUAACCCGACCAUGAAAAAAAACCCGGUCGGUGAUAAGGAAAAAGCAUGGCACUAUUUUCUCUUUCCUCUUACAGGAAUCGCAAUAAGACUAUCUUUCUCUAUCAAAGAGUGUCAGGCCCUUGACUAAUAGCAUUGGUUGUAAUCCAGCGGAGAAGACACGUGGAUGCAAUUGGUUGAAUCCUGUGUCUCUUAUCUCCGACUCAGUGGACUGUAAUCAAUUUUAUUGUCACAACAAAGCACUGUAAGGCCCAAAAUUAGCAAAAUAAACUUGUAAAUAAUGUGAUUAUCUGUUAUAUAGUGUAUAUAAGCUGUAUCAUAAGUCUGUAAAUAAUUUAAUCGUUGAACCAUUUUAAAUUAAAUAUUUUU